GUGGGCCAGCCAACCAAACAAAAUGUGACUUUGAAAUAAAUUGAAGUAAUAAAAUAAAAGACUAAGAAAGGACUUCCGGGUCACUGGUCGGCUAACAGAUCACUUCCUGUUCUCGUGUUGCUGUAUUUUAUCUUAUUUUAUGUCCUUGUCUCCUGUCCUGAUGGAGUCGCUGUUGCUGCGGAGGCUGACGUCCCGCCUUCUGUCAUGUACCAGAGGAUCCUGUUUGCUCUCAGGACGGAUUGCUUACACCUUGGAGUCUCCUCCUUCUCCACACUCCUCAUCAGUUCAGAGCCACCCUGGACCCGUUCCAGCUAAAGUUCCCACUUUGAUCCGACACUACGACUCGCCCACCCCCAAAUAUUCAAUGAUUUACACCCUGCCACACAUUAAGUUCCUCAGGGCGGUGUCCAGACUUAAACUCCUCCAGACCGCCAUCACUGCUGUCAUCCUGCCUCCAGUGUUUGUCCUGUAUUUCCAGGGAGCCGUCUCCUUCUUUUUGGUCAGCUACUCCACUGGAAUCGCUGCGUUUGCUGGCGUCAUGCUGUACACGCUAAGCCAUUUCUUCAGGAGGGUUGUAGGAAUGAUGUACCUUGAUCCAUCUCAAACCGUGCUGAAAGUUUCCCACCUUACUUUCUGGGGAAAGCGCAGUGAUAUGUACAUUCCUGUUUCCGAUGUUAUGACCAUUGGAGAUACUGGAGAUUCAGCGAAUGAGACCAUCCUCCGGCUUCAGAGGUACAGCGGCCCCGAGACGUUGUAUUUCUCUGUGUAUUUUGGAAAGGUGGUGGAUAGACAGGGCUUUGAGAAAGUAUUUGGAAGUUUAACAUAAAUUCUUUGAACUUUUCUUGGGGGGGGGGAAACUGUUGUGCUGGAAGUUAAUAAAAAUGUAAACAUAUUA